AUGGAUUCCAAGCUACACAUAGUACAACUCACCGAAGCGAACUCAACCCUCGGUACAACUUCGUGGAAAUCGACGUCGGAUUCGGUCCGGCGUGCACUGGAAUUGCACGGAUGUGUGGUGGUGGAUUACGACAACGUUCAUGCAGCGGCGGCGGCGGCGGUGGAGGGCGGUGUGUUCGGGGUGUUGAAGGAGGUGUUUGGGCUGCCGUUGGAGACGAAGAUGAAACACAAGUCUGGAUUAUUAGGGUUUGGGUACGAAGGUAAUUAUCCAGAGAUGCCUUUGUUUCAGUGCUUUGGGAUUGAAGAUGGUGGGACCCACCAAGGUAUCAAAGACUUCACCACCCUCAUGUGGCCUCAUCACCAUGGACAUGACAUUUUCUGUGAAACUAUACACUCAUAUAGUAAUUUGCUAAGCGAAUUGCACAACACGGUGAUGAAAAUGGUGGUUAGUAGCUACGGCUUGGACGACAAAUACUACGACAACCUAGUCGAUUCUUCAUUGUACAUGACUAGGCUCAUCGAAUACCGUCCACCUGGCGAAAACGAGAGCGAUAUCGGCCUGCAGUCCCAUAGGGACAAGGGUUUUCUAACCGUGAUCGGUACGAAUGAAGUCAGAGGUCUGCAGAUCGAAACUCCAGGUGGCGAGUGGAUCGAUUUCGAGCCCUCGCCUUCCAAGUUCCUCGUCUUGGCCGGCGAAGCAUUCAUGGCAUGGAGUAAUGGAAGAAUAUAUAGUCCUCUACACAGAGUGGUAGCAAGAGGGGCUGAAAUGGAAAUAAGGUAUUCUGUGGGAUUCUUUUCUUUCAUUGGUGGAAUAUUGCAAGUUCCGGAGGAGCUUGUUGAUAAUAAAAAUCCAUUGAAAUUUAAGCCCUUCAAUAAUUUGGAAUUCUUGGAAUAUUGCAAGAAUGGUGGGGGGCCCACCACUGAAUCUGCUAUCAUAACAUAUUGCGGAAUUUGA